UGGGAUGCGUGGUACUCUAGUUUCUGGUAUUGGCAGUCUGGUAUGUUUCUAGGUUAAAGGUCACCGUGAACUAGUUUAGGUAUGGCUGACAUUUUGCGCCGACUGAGUGGGUCAAGGCUGGGUCCACUCAUGAAAGUUAGUGCCGGCCGUUUACAUACGUCGACGAUGCAACUUUCUUCACCGUUCGUGAAAGCACAGAAAAAAAUGGAUCCUGAAAUUGCGAAACUGAGAGAAGAAAGAAAAAGGAGGAAAUUAAAGAAAGAAAUUAAACUUCUAGAAAGCUUCGGCAAGAAGCCAAAACCUGUGGAAGAAUUCAUUUUCGAUAAAAAAUAUGAGGCGAAUAUUAACGAACGAAUGCGUGCCCCCGUCAUGUUAAGUGAAGAUGAGAAGGAUGAACGUGCAAUUCUGGAGAUGGAUUACAUGCGUCAUCUUAAUAAGUUAGCAGUUAUGGAUACACGUUGGAUCGUGGAAAGUAUCCGGAAACAAGAAAAUGCUUUACAGAAGCUUAAGAUGCUAUCACCAGAAUUGUACAAAGCUGCUCUCGAACCGGACGAAUGUUUUUUGCAAAGCUUCACCUACCAAGGCCCAACACUGACGCCUCCAUUGGAAUUAUAUGACCCACCUGACGGGCAUUAUAUCGAUGUUAGCAAAAAAUGGUUGUGUUAAGUUUCUGUAAAAUUCUUUUUUCUGCAGUUUGAGUAAUAAGCAUUAGGUUAUUGAAUGACAUGCAGCAUGACUUCGUUGUAACCCAUUCUUCCGUAAAAUAUGCCUUUCAGUUAGAUAAUCUGUUAAAAGCAGAUUGUU